AUGGGUAUUGAAGUUGAGCUCCACCUUUUCGACAGUUCACUGCUCAAAACAGGACUACUAAUGAACCUUUAUUUGACUUCAGCCUUACGGCUAUCUAGCUUUCAUGUUACUUAUCGGCUUUUACCCAAGACGCUCCCUAAGUAUUCCCCAAUUCUAAAGCAGUGCAAGAAUAAGUUCUCAACUACUUCCAUUAUUUUCAAUCAGCAGCGUAAGUUACAAAACUCCUUGGAAAAGAAAUCUGAUGAAAGAAAUCCACUAUUAGAAUCUGCUGAUAAACCCAAUCCUAUAAUAAAAUCACUGUCAAAUCGUAUCUAUACCAUUCCAAAUGCUUUAACAUUGACUAGAAUUGCUAGCACGCCUUUCAUAGGAUAUUUCAUUGCAAAACAUGAACCUAACAUCGCCAUAUCUAUAUUUGUAUAUUCUUGCAUAACUGACCUUCUUGAUGGCUUUAUAGCGAGAAAAUUUAACCAAGGUUCAAUUUUGGGGUCUAUUCUAGAUCCAAUGGCAGAUAAGUUUUUGAUGACUGUUUGUACAAUUUCAUUAACCUACAUUCAAGCAAUUCCACUCCCAGUGGCAGGAAUAAUUAUUGGCAGAGAUGUUAUGCUAAGCUUUAUGGCAUUCUAUUAUAGAUAUAUUACCCUAGAUGAGCCAAAAUCAUUGAAAAGGUUUGUUGAUUUAUCAAUUCCGUCGGCUAGUGUUAGACCCAACUUAUUAUCCAAAUAUAAUACAGCCCUUCAGAUGGUGUAUAUUGGCAGCUUGGUAUUGAGGCCUGUUAUUGAAUCAAUUCUAAAUUUUUCUCAGUUUCCCAUGUUUGUUUCAGGUUUGGAGACUUUGGUUUGCAUUACUACUGUUUUAAGUGGUUUGUCAUAUAUCUUUAGUAAAAAGGCAAUCAUAUAUCUCAAGAAUACUCCUCGAAAUUAA